GCUUCAAUGACUGCCCUUCCCUCCCAAAUUUCACUAAACAUUCAUUGAUCCCUCUCGCGAUCAUCUCUUUACCGCCCCUACGCGUAUGCCAUUGCCAUUCUCUCUCUCUACGCCUCUGUAUCGCAACCCAUUAAACAUGGCGUCCGGGUCGUCUUCUCUCAUUUGGUUUCGGAAGGGCCUUCGGAUCCACGACAACCCGGCUCUGGAGUAUGCUUCCAAAGGGUCCAAUUUUCUUUACCCAGUCUUUGUUAUUGACCCGCAUUACAUGGAGCCUGAUCCCAAAGCUUUCUCUCUUGGUUCGACCCGUGCGGGCAUAAACCGUAUCAGGUUCUUGUUGGAGAGUCUAGUGGAUCUCGAUUUGAGCCUCAAAAAGCUUGGCUCGAGGUUGCUGGUCUUCAAGGGAGAGCCUAGUCAGGUUUUGAUUCGGUGCUUGAAGGAAUGGGAUGUGAAAAAACUUUGCUUUGAAUAUGAUACAGAUCCAUAUUACCAAGCUUUAGAUAUUAAAGUGAAGGAUUAUGCCUCUUCAGCUGGAAUUGAAGUUUUCUCUCCAGUGAGUCAUACCCUUUUCAAUCCUCAGGAUAUCAUACAAAAGAAUGGAGGAAAGCCGCCUCUGAGUUACCAAUCAUUUGUAAAGGUUGCUGGACAACCCUCAUGGGCAUCAUCACCAAUUUCAACCACAAUUUCCUCUCUUCCUUGUGUUGGGGAAAUUGGAAGCUGUGAGAUUUCAAAAGUUCCAACAGUAGAAGAGCUUGGCUAUGAAGACAUUGAGCAAUAUGAAUGGACUCCUUUUAGAGGUGGUGAAUCAGAAGCAUUGAAGAGGUUAAGAGAAUCAAUCAAUAACAAGGAGUGGGUGGCAAAUUUUGAGAAACCUAAGGGUGACCCUUCAGCGUUUGUGAAACCAGCAACUACUGUGCUAUCUCCAUACUUGAAAUUUGGCUGUCUCUCUUCCAGAUAUUUCUACCAAUGUCUUCAAGAUGUCUAUAAAAAUGUCCGAAAGCACACUUCACCACCAGUUUCUCUUGUUGGCCAGUUGUUGUGGCGAGAUUUCUUUUACACUGUGGCUUUUGGCACUCCUAACUUUGAUCAGAUGAGGGGAAAUAGAAUAUGCAAGCAGAUACCUUGGAAUGAUGACAAUGAAUUGCUAGCAGCUUGGAGGGAAGCUAGAACAGGAUAUCCUUGGAUUGAUGCAAUCAUGGUUCAGCUUCGCAAGUGGGGUUGGAUGCACCAUCUAGCACGGCAUUGUGUUGCUUGUUUUCUAACUCGUGGUGAUCUGUUUGUGCAUUGGGAAAAAGGGCGCGAUGUUUUUGAGAGACUUUUGAUUGAUUCAGAUUGGGCAAUUAAUAAUGGGAAUUGGCUAUGGCUGUCAUGUUCAUCAUUCUUUUACCAGUAUAAUCGUAUCUACUCGCCUUUAUCUUUUGGGAAGAAGUAUGACCCAAAUGGUAAUUACAUAAGGCAUUUUCUUCCGGUAUUGAAAGACAUGCCAAAGGAGUAUAUCUAUGAGCCAUGGACAGCACCACUAAGUGUUCAAACUAAAGCAAAGUGCAUAAUUGGAAGAGAUUAUCCAAAACCAGUGAUUUCUCAUGAUUCUGCGAGCAAGGAGUGCAAGAGAAAGUUAGCAGAGGCUUAUGCAUUAAACCAAAAACUGAAUGGCCAGCUGAGUGAAGAAGAUUUGGGGAACUUAAAAAGAAAGCUGGAGCAAGAUCAAGAUCAAGAGCCCAAAAGUAGACCUCAGAGACAACAGAAGUUAAUGACCUGAGCCAAGAUAUAUUGCAGAUUAUCAAUUUAUAUUUUUAGAUUGCUGAAAAGGUGGAAAGGGGAUUUGCAGUUGAGGAGUAAUCAAUUCAAUUGUAGGCAACUGGCUGACUUUCUCACUUUGUCUGAUUAUGCUAAUCAUAUUUUGUAUGGAAGUCUUAUGUGGUUAUAUUAUGGCAAUUUACGAAA